GAGUGGAGCGCGUGCGGUGGCUGAACGCAGCGGGGCUCUGGAGGGUGUCUGUUUAUCUCGCCAUUUUUUCUGUUUUUCUGUAGCCUUUUGAGGCGUUUCUACAGGAGGACUGCUCGAACACGGCUGUGGAUAUUUCCCCAGAGAGCGUCGGGUCGAAAAUAAAAAUGGGAAACUGCUACACGGUGGGGCCGAAUGAAGCGCUGGUCGUCUCAGGUGGCUGCUGUGGGUCCGACCAGAAGACCUACACAGUGGGAGGAUGGGCCUGGGCGUGGUGGCUUCUGACUGAUAUACAAAAGAUAACCCUAGAGAUUAUGACCCUGCAGCCCAAGUGUGAGGAUGUUGAGACAGCCGAGGGUGUGGCUCUUACAGUCACAGGGGUGGCACAGGUAAAGGUAAUGACAGAUAAGGAGUUACUGUCUCUUGCCUGUGAGCAAUUCCUGGGUAAGUCUGUGAUAGAGAUUAAAGGGGUGGUCCUGCAGACACUGGAGGGUCAUCUCCGUUCCAUUCUGGGCACUCUAACAGUGGAGCAGAUUUACCAGGACAGAGACCAGUUUGCCAGUCUGGUGAGGGAGGUGGCUGCUCCUGAUGUUGGCAGGAUGGGCAUCGAGAUCCUCAGCUUCACAAUUAAGGACGUCUAUGAUAAAGUGGACUACCUGAGCUCACUGGGUAAGACCCAGACAGCAGCUGUGCAGAGAGAUGCAGAUAUUGGAGUGGCAGAGGCUGAGAGAGAUGCAGGAAUAAGGGAGGCAGAAUGCAAAAAGGAAAUGAUGGACGUAAAGUUCUUAGCAGACACUAAAAUGGCCGACUCAAAGCGUGAGCUUGAGAUGCAGAAAGCGUCUUUCAACCAGGAAGUCAAUGCAAAGAAAGCUGAAGCUCAGCUGGCGUAUGAACUGCAGGCAGCUAAGGAGCAGCAAAAGAUCCGUUUGGAGGAGAUUGAGAUUGAGGUGGUGCAGAGGAAGAAACAGAUCACCAUAGAAGAGAAGGAAAUUGUUCGCACUGAUAAAGAACUGAUUGCUACUGUGAAGCGACCAGCCGAGGCAGAGGCGUAUAAGAUGCAGCAACUGGCAGAAGGACAAAAGGUGAAAAAAGUGCUGACAGCGCAGGCAGAAGCAGAGAAGAUCAGGCGCAUAGGUGAGGCUGAAGCUGCCUCCAUUGAAGCAGUGGGCAAGGCUGAAGCAGAAAAGAUGAGAAUGAAGGCCGAGGCCUACCAGCAGUAUGGAGAAGCGGCGAAAACCGCUCUGGUCUUGGAGGCGCUGCCCAAGAUUGCUGGGAAAGUGUCAGCACCUUUGGCCCGAACCAAUGAGAUUGUCAUUCUUAGUGGUGAGGGCAGCCGUGUGACCGGAGAAGUGAAUCGCCUGUUGGCUGAGCUGCCCGUCUCUGUCAAUGCCCUCACAGGAGUGGACCUAACAAAGAUCCCUUUGCUGCAGAAAAUGACCAAUGCUCAAGCAUGAAGACCCUACACUCUUUGGCCUUUGCAACACAUCAGUUUCAGUGCACUCUUAAAUGCCUUUGUAAAGGAACACUUGAAAACAGAACUCUCUCUACAAGAGAUUUUAUUUGACCAGACCUCUGGUGCCUUAUAGUUAUAGGACCAGACAUCACUGCAUGUGCCCAUUGUGUUUGAAGUUUAUAUCACAGUUUAUUUGAUCUUAUCAUCCUGUGCUAUAUUUCAUCCUUUACUGAUUUUUUUUUUUUGGGGGGGGGUCACUCUUUCUACUGGUAAACAUGUCUGUUUAUGCUAUCUGUUUCAUAUUGUUACAAACAAGUUCAUGCAGUUUUCAGUUGCAAAGCAAGCAUGAUGUUAUAUUGGCCUGGCAAGAUAAAGAACAUACAGUUGGAAGUGCCUAGGUUCAGUUUUCAUCAUCUCAUAAACAAUAUGCUGGUUUGGACAUGGUGUGGAAUCAGUGUUUCUACUUACAGAUACAGAACCUCUGGGUCCAUUUCUUGCCAUAACUGUAGUUAGAAGUUUGAUUUACUGGCAUGCAAAAAGGAUAAUCAGCAUUACGGCUGGGUAUAAAAAUUCCAACUUCAAAAUGUUUCAGAGAUCUUAGAGGGUCUAAACCAGUGAUUGUCUGUUUAAAUUUUGUGUUAUUAACACUACCUAUCAUGUCUAGAUUAGUCUGCAGUUCUUUGCAGUCAGUAAAUAUACCAACUUCCAGCUCCUCACACUCACUUCUGGUUUAAACCACAAAUAUAAAAGCAGGUAUCACAAUUAGGGAAAUCUAGGCAUUGAUAUUAGUUUUGAAUAUUAUGCUAUUAAUCUUGAAUGAUACCCAGCCCUGAUCAGCAAGAUGCAUUUGCAGUUUACAUUUUCAAAAAGGGAAUCAGAUUAGCUGUUUGUUUUUUGCUGUCAUUACUACUGCAUUAGGUUCAAUGCAAAAACAUCGUAAAGUUCAAAUAUAUUUAUAACUGAUUAGCUAUUUUAAUAUUUUGCUGUUUCUCAUCUUUGGUUUGCAUGGUCUGCAUAGGGUUUCACAUUAAAAAGUGCAUUCUACCUAGAAUACAACCAAUAUGCAAAGCGUAGCCGGAAUGGCAGCAAGAUUAGCGAUAUGCAUGUAAGAUUUAGAAGUGUAACAGUAACGUAUGUUUAAGGGUCUGUCCCAUUGCGUGGUCCUGCAUAGAAUUUGAAUGUGUCCGCUCAUGUAGAAACAAGACUCCAAAAUUGAGUUUUUACGUUUGUUUUUGUGAACAUUCUGUAAAUGAAUGUACAUUUUAGUGUAUGUCUUUGUGUGUCCUAUCUUCAGCCUGUCCGUUGCUGGGUUUUGUAUGCUUUCACUCUUCUUCUGCAGAAGUUCUGACAUUCUAAAUAUGAAAUCUUAAUAUCGAAGUCCAUUUUGAAGACUAUUGCAUCCACUGUUGCUCAGAAGUGUGUAUAUAUGUAAUUCCAGCCGUUUUAGCUUUUCUUCAUACCACCAUCUUAUGUGCCGAGAAAUGUCAGAGUUCAUUUGUUUUAGUUACAUUUUAAUAACAAAUACAUUGUCACCAAAUAUGUUCACUGGCCAGUAGGAAUGCAAGCUGUUUGCCAAAUAGCCAAAGGAAUUUCAACUACAAUUCAGCAGGUUUGUGCAUCUUAAAGCAAUCAGUAUGUAGAGUAGAGUUAGUGUUUGGCUUGGUGUUUAUAGUAUAGAUUUGGAAGAGAUGAGCAGAGAAUGAGCUUGAUGUUGAACUUUUGUCCACUCAGCCAUAUACACUAGUACUUACCUCUGGCUGCCGCUUUUGGACUGUGUUUUAAAGAUAGCUGUUUAUUGAGGUUAUAUAUGUGUAAGGGUCAAGACAAGGACAUCAGAAGAAUUAAAAAAUUUAUCAAUAGCCAUAGUAAGUAAAAAUUUUUAUUCUUUGCUGGAUAUUGAUAAAAGUUGCUAUAUAUAGUUGCGUAUAUGUUUGACAUGAAAGAAUAUUGUUCUUUUAAUUAUUCAUGUUUGGUCGUUUUUUUUUUUGUUUUUUUUUUUAACGUUGCGCUCCAGUUAUACAAUGUGAAAAUCAGAUAUACUGAACUUAGCACCUGGGGUUGUUCAUUAAAUACCUUUCACUAUGUAACAGAAAUGUGUACUGAUAUUCAGUAAACAAGGGACCUUUCAGCAUUCAGAUGUGGAGAUUUUCAAUUCAGCUCCCAUGUUUUGUUUUGUUUUGUUUUGUUCCAGAUCUUAGCAUACCUUAACCCUCAGAAGCCUCAGUUAUUACUGUAGGUAACGAAACAUUUAGUAAUUCCAUAUUUUUCUCUUAUAGCUCCAUGAAACAAGCAGCAAAUUCUGUUGCACGUCUUACAAUCAAUACCACAUUUGUGGUUCUAAGUAGAAACCACACGAACAAUCCCAGUCACCAUUGACAAAGUUAUUGUUGUGCCUACAGUCUGCUGUAGCGAAACAAACGGAAGGAAGUUGGAAGACUAAAUGUUACUAAUUGUGUAACUUACUAUAGAAUUCAAUAUAUAAUUACAUUAUUAAAAUGUAUGGCAAAACUAAAGUAUUAACUCUGAGGGGUAACCAGAUAACCAGCAGCUUAGGAGCCAGAAUAAAAUACAGAAUAAGGACUAAUUUGAGAACACUUGAGAUUUGUAUCCUUUGUUGCUGUCAAGACAAAACUGCACUGGGGACAAAAAAAGAAUUCUGAAUUUAACCCUUUACUGCGUGGUGUUGCCAUGUGGCAACAAUAACAACAGUUUUCUAUCUGGCUACAAUAUGAAACUAUUUUAUCUGUUUUAUGAAACUAGACUUUAUGGGUAAUAUACAUUAUUUGAUCACAUGCCUUCCUGAGUACAUUUUUACAUACACACACACCACACGGUGUGCUAUAGUUCAGUAUUUAUACACAAAUUUGAAGCAAAGUAAGAAAUUUUCUUUUGCAGAAAUUAAACCAGUUUGGAUGCUUGGGGUUUUAUGUAAAAAACGAUAAAAUAUAAUAAUAAUUUAGCAAUAUGGCAACAACAUGCAACAAUUGAACUGCAAUAAAACUGCAUACAAUGAGAGUAAACCAUUGGCAUUGAACUGCCACAUUCACAAGUUUUUUUUAUAUUGCAAGUUGAUUUAGAUUUUAUCAGUACAUUUUUCAAAAUUUUUCUGUGUCCUAAAACGUUUGUGUGUCUAUGGCUGUUACAUGUUUUUUUUCAUGCCUCGAUAUUGAAUUGGGGCAGUUUGCUAUAUAGUGGUAUGUAUUGAAAAUGGCAGUUCCAUUGUUGCAAACUAUUGCCAUAUGGCAACAAAAUGUGACGUACUGACAGUGAUCUACAAAACGAAUGUCUGUUUAUUAAUUUAUGCAGUAAAUGGUUAAUAUCAGUUGAAAUUAUGCCAAUAUGGUGGAAACCUCUUCUCCUGCAACAAUUUAUAAGACAAAUUAUACCAGGUAUUUGUAUCCUUAGGAAUAAAUUAUCAUUUUUGUCAUUAGCGGUCCUCUGCCAGUUGUUACUAGAUGCUGUAUAAAUACCGAGAAAGACUGUGCAAAAUGUUUUGAAAUUGACUCAUACAAACUCAUACUUUUGACUGCCUUAUCAAUACCUUCUGGUAGUACUGAAGGAGCGUUGUUCCGGUUGAGGAUCAGGUGUGUUGUCUAGUUUACAAAGCUCAUGCUGAUGUGAGAUUGCAAUUGAUGACCAAACGUGAAAUGCCUAGUUACUUACUGUAUACCUAUACCUCUCCCAUAUAGAAUCAAUAUGUAAUGGAUAUAUAACAAAGUGUAGAAAUUUGUCUGAUCACUUAUGAUAAUAAAAAAUCUGUUGGAAACUUG